UAAGCAUGUACGUUCCGCUUCUGGUUGCUUUUAUGGCUUCAGUCAAUGUAUACGCAAUUUGGCCCAGAAAACUAGGACCAGAUGAAAGUGCUGCUCUCGACCUUGUGAUGCGUAUUUCCAAAAUGACUUUCAAGGAACUCAACACACUAUUAACGCUACAGGCUGAAGGAAUCAAACCAGUGCAGGCUACGGAUGUACAGAGACAUAAGGAUCCAGAUCUUUACAGAAAGAUGGUUGUUUUGCAGCACAAUUACGGCAAACUUUCAGAAGAAGCUAAAGCGUAUGUGGAUGAGGUGUUUCACAUGGCAAUGGAGCACACGCGGUCUCUCGUUGCAAACCAUUACCUCAAGCCCGAAGAGCUCGAUGAAGCUUGGAAGUUGGCUGCGAAAAUGCACGAGCUCAAAAUUGACGAUGAACUAGAGAGCCGAUUAUAUAGAACUUUUCUUUGCGCGUACAUAUCUUUUUGUCUAUGCUACACUCGCAUGGCUGACUCAUUAGUUUCAUCCUAUGGUACGGUUAGCAAUAAAGAUUUGUGA